AUGUCAUCAAUACUAAAAAGUUUACCAUCUAAAAGUCGAUUAGCGCAAGCAAGAAAACUUACGUCAGAAAUAUUUGAGGAAUAUUGGAACCCUACAGCAAGAAGAAAUCCUGCAAAAAUUUUAAAAGCUCCAUUAAAAGGACCAGAAGUUAUAAAAUAUUAUGGAGACAACAAUGCAGUACCCACUUUCAAAGAUUUCAAAAAAUGGUUUCCAGAAUUAAAAUUAGUUGAUCCAAGAGAAGCUCAUAGAACAUUUAUGGUUGAAGAUAGAAAAAGAAGAAAUAAAGGUGCACCAAAGAAGAAAAAAGCUUGA